GGUGUUUGGAGAUACAAUUUAAGACUCAAGGCUAACCAUAACAGUAAUUAUGCAAAUUUGGUUUUCUGGGAUGCUGUGAGCAGUCGUUUGAUUGGAAAAUCUGCUGGAGAUUUUCCCAGUCACUAUUAUGACAUGGAGAGGCUAUCACCUUCAGGCUGCCCAGAUGAAAUAAAAGAUUUGGUAGGUCGUGAGUUUGUUUUUAAAGUUGACCGUCAACCAGGCUCCACUUUAAACGGAAAGAGUUACUCCAUUGGUAUGGUCUCAACCGAUCAAGAUAAAAUUGAGGAGCUUAAGUCUGUUGGAGCCAAUCAGCCUGGGAGACAGGACUAUAACUCUGAUGAGGAUCUUGAUUUACUUUUUUCUUCUCCAGCCAC